AGAAAAAGAAAAUAGUAUUCUCUCUCUACAGUUGCUAAACAAAGCUACCCUACUCGGCCAAAGUGCCAUCUCCAUCCCAUUCGAUUCUACUGUCGUCUCCCUUGGAGAAAUCAGAGAGAGUGAUUCGAUCUUGUUGUUGUUGAUCCAACGGCCGCCUUUCAAUACCACAUUCCAACCAGAAUCAUGUGGAGAAGGCUCGCGAUUCAGCUACGAUCGCUCGAACCAGGCCGAUUCGCAUCCAGGCCUGUCCGAUGCGCCGCCGCGUCUUCGGCCGCUCCAAGGAAUUUCCUCCGACCAUCCGCCGCCUCCUAUCGACAUUUCUCUGCAUCUGGGAAUGCUUCUGCAUUGAGAGUGGAAGAUGUUGUGCCCAUCGCUACUGGUCACGAGCGAGAGGAGUUGGAAGCUGAGCUUCAAGGAAAGGACAUUCUCGAAAUCAACCACCCCUCGGGUCCCUUUGGAACGAAGGAAGCCCCUGCCGUGAUUAAGUCUUAUUACGGCAAAAGAAUUGUGGGAUGCCCUGGUGGCGAAGGCGAGGAUGAGCAUGAUGUUGUUUGGUUUUGGCUAGAGAAGGGCAAGCCGCAUGAAUGCCCAGUAUGCUCACAGUAUUUUACGUUGGAAGUGGUGGGCCCGGGUGGACCUCCUGAUGGACAUGGAGACGAAGAUGAUCACGAUCACCACCACUGAAGAUAGUCGGCAUAUUUGCUGCCAGAAUAAGAUCUGGUGACAGGAUGAGGAGUUUUGUAAUAUUCUUCAGGUUUUGAAGCUCAUUGGUUUUCGAAACGAACUGCUUUCACUAUGGCCUUGUUGCUUUGGCAACAAUUGAACCUAUUUCUCCUCACCUUUUUUUUUGGGAUAUAAAACAUGGGAAGGUGAUCCAUAUAAAUUAUGGAUUUCAAACCAUUGAGGAUACAAUAAUUGCUGACAACAUUUAGUUCAAUGUAGUUACAUUUUGUUGUUCUGCUAUUGUGCAGAACUUUCAGAUGGAUUGCAAAAAUAUUUUGGCAAAUUUGUUUUUA